CCUCGCAACCGUCCCCCAAUUAUCAAACUGACUCCCAGGAACGACUUCACAGCUCCAGUGCCUCCAAGCUUCCAAGUUGCCGUGGAUAGCGACCCCGCUUACCUUGAGAUCAUAGAGAAGUUCUGCAACUGUCAUAUUUAGAGAUGAAGAUAGCAGUAGAAGGGUGUAUGCAUGGAGACCUAGACAAUGUGUAUGCUACCUUAUUACACUUACAGGAUGUGGAGAAAAUAAAGAUUGAUCUUUUGAUAUGCUGUGGUGACUUUCAGGCUGUUAGGAAUGAGAAGGAUCUUGAAAGUUUAAAUGUGCCAGCCAAGUACAAGAGCAUGAACUCUUUCUGGAAGUAUUACUCAGGAGAGAAAGUAGCACCAUUCCCAACUAUUUUCAUAGGGGGCAAUCAUGAAGCCUCAAAUUAUCUGUGGGAGCUAUAUUAUGGAGGAUGGGCAGCACCUCAGAUAUACUUCCUUGGAUUUGCUGGAGUAAUCAAGUUUGGUAACAUUCGUAUUGGGGGCCUCUCUGGAAUAUAUAAAUCACACCACUAUCAUUCGGGACAUUAUGAAAAGGUUCCUUAUAAUGAGCGAGAUAUUCGAUCCAUAUAUCAUGUUCGUGAGUAUGAUGUUCACAAGCUUAUGCAAGUUGAAGAACCAAUUGAUAUCUUCCUUUCACAUGAUUGGCCCCUGGGCAUUACUGAUCACGGAAACUUGAAGAGUCUUCUCAGUCAAAAACCUUUUUUCAAGCAAGAGAUUCAAGAAGGAACUCUGGGAAGUAAACCUGCUGCAGAAUUAUUGGAGAAGUUGAGGCCAUCCUACUGGUUUUCUGCUCAUCUACACUGCAAAUUUGCUGCUUUGGUUCAACAUGGUGAGGGUAGCUCCGUCACCAAAUUUCUUGCUCUUGAUAAAUGCCUCCCUGGUCGGAAAUUUUUGCAAGUUAUUGAAGUUGAGUCAGAGCCAGGACCAUAUGAACUCCAGUACGAUGAAGAAUGGCUAGCAAUUAUGAGGAAGUUUAACUCUAUCUUACCUCUGACAAUCAGGCGUGUAGAUUAUAGCAAUGUACAGCUUGAUCUGCAAGAAUGCCGUCAUUUUGUAAGGAAUAAACUUCAAUCAAGAGGGGCCAAACCUUUUGAUUUUGUGCGCACUGUGCCAUGCCACGAUCCUUGUCAACCUCUUGCUAAUGGUGUCUUUUCUGGUCACUGCCGAAAUCCCCAAACAGAAGCCUUAUUACAGCUCCUUGAACUUGAAUAUCUUCUUGAUAACAAGUCAGAAUCUAGGGAGUUUUCUGGAAGUCCAGCUUCAUUUAUUUCUAGCUCGUUUGACUAUGGUACUGAAGAUAUCCCCAUUGAUGAUGUGGAUGAUAUUGAUGAACCAAAAGAGGUCGAUGCCAGUGAAACUGAAAAUGAACAAAUAUAGAACUUGUUUAUUGGUAGUCCAGCUGCAAUGAAAGUUCAACCAGAAGAAUGUGUUGUUUGUAAUCCUAAGGAGUAAUGACUUGAUUUAUUGCAAUGGCAUUGAAGGACACCAUUUGCACUGGAAAUUUGGGAAAGAGACUGUAUGUUUUGGCAUGGCUCGUAUGGGUCAUCAACGAAUUAUAUAACUUCCUAAGAAGUAUCGCUUUCUUGUCAUCGUCCUAUAUGUUUAAUCAUGGCUGAAGUGUAGAUUGGCAUGGCUCCGAAGAGGAUUGACAUUCAUGUUCUUAUCCAGGCUGAAAUUGUUGUAUUGCAUAUCAAACAAUCUUUAGAAUGCCUUGUGCAUGUUACUUGGGGAUAUGAUUGUAGUACUUAGAUUGGUUACUAGUUUAAAAUUCAGGAACUCAUCUGUCACAUUGAUUGAAUACCUAUUGCAGUAGCAAUAGUAGGUAGAAUGCAAAGGCUGAGUAUGCUCUGUAAAGAGGAGUACCGUAGCAGUAUAAUCAGAACCACCAUUACAAUUUAUUCAAUAGACACAGAUUCAUGUUUCUUUAUUAA